AUGCUGAACGUGCUACGUGUGCACCUUCCUUCUGAUAUUCCCAUUGUAGGCUGUGAGCUCACGCCUUAUGUGCUCCUACGUCGGCCUGACAAAACCGUUACGACUGACGAUGUACUUGAAACCGCACCCUUAGAUGGGCAUUUUUUGCGAUAUAAGUGGUAUCGUGUACAGAAUGAUAAAAAGGUUGCUGUUUGUAGCGUACAUCCAUCCGAGCAGGCCACACUGCAGUGCCUAGGUUGUCUUAAGGGUAAAAUACCCGUUUCCAAAAGCUACCAUUGCUCUCCAAAGUGUUUCUCAGAUGCAUGGCAGCACCACCGAGCAUUACAUGACCGUGCUGCAAGUGCAGUUAAUGAAAAUGGAAAUGAGGAGGAGGAAGUAUUUGGGAGAUUUAACAAUUCUGGGCCUGGGUCAAUCAAUACCAGCUUAUCCUCCACUGCAUCUAGUGCUAACCUGUCAAAUGGGUCUGCAACUGUGUAUCCCGCAACUGUUACACAACGAAAUGGUGGUGAAACUUGGUUUGAAGUUGGACGAUCAAAGACAUAUACCCCAUCAGCUGAUGACAUCGGUCAUGUUCUUAAAUUUGAGUGUGUUGUAGUUGACGCAGAGACAAAACUUACUGUGGGGCAUACAAACACUAUUCUAACUUCCCGGGUUAUUCCUGCUCCCUCACCUAUCCCGCGCCAGUUGGUACCUGUUGACGGGAUGGGGAGUUUGGAUAUGGAUGGGCGUAUAACAUCAUCAGGAACUUUUACUGUUUUAUCAUACAACAUAUUGUCUGAUUCAUAUGCCUCAAAUGAUCUAUACAGUUACUGCCCUUCGUGGGCUCUUUCCUGGCCGUAUCGCAGACAAAAUUUGUUACGAGAAAUAGUUGGUUACCGUGCUGAUAUUAUUUGUCUCCAAGAGGUCCAAAGUGAUCAUUACGAUGAAUUUUUUGCUCCCGAACUGGACAAACAUGGCUAUUACGGUCUUUACAAGAAAAAAACAAAUGAGGUAUAUAAUGGCAACAUAAAUACAAUUGAUGGUUGCGCAACAUUUUUCCGUAGAGACAGAUUCUCACAUGUGAAGAAAUACGAGGUUGAGUUUAAUAAGGCUGCACAGUCUUUAACGGAUGCCAUGAUUCCAACCACUCAAAAGAAAACGGCGUUGAACCGGCUUGUUAAGGAUAAUGUUGCACUAAUAGUUGUUUUAGAAGCUAAAGUUAACAACCAGCCUGUUGAUAAUCCAGGGAAAAGACAGCUUCUGUGUGUGGCAAAUACACAUGUAAAUGUCCACCAAGAAUUAAAGGAUGUUAAGCUCUGGCAGGUGCACACACUCUUAAAAGGAUUGGAGAAAAUUGCUAUAAGUGCAGACAUUCCAAUGCUGGUUUGUGGUGAUUUCAAUUCAGUUCCAGGAAGUGCUCCUCAUGCACUUCUUGCGAUGGGGAAGGUAGACCCAUCCCACCCUGAUUUAGCAGUUGACCCACUCAACAUAUUGCGUCCUCACAGCAAAUUGGUUCACCAGUUGCCACUGGUCAGUGCUUACUCUUCUUUUGCAAGAACGGUUGGCCUGGGAUAUGAACAGCAUAAGCGAAGAUUGGACAGCUCAACAAAUGAACCUUUAUUUACGAAGGUCACUAGGGAUUUUAUUGGCUCUCUUGAUUAUAUAUUUUACACAGCUGAUUCAUUAGUUGUGGAGUCAUUAUUAGAGCUAUUGGAUGAAGAGAGUUUGAGGAAAGACACAGCACUACCUUCUCCUGAAUGGUCCUCAGAUCAUACAGCUCUCUUAGCUGAGUUUCGUUGCUGUAAAAGUAUAUCUAGGCGAUGA